GCUACAGAUCUACUACAAAUCUGCUGUUGGAGAUGCUACAAAUAUGUUGCUGGAGCUGUUACAGAUCUGCUCCUGGAGCUGCUGUCAAAGCUGUUAGCUGCAGCCUGCAAAUCUGCUGGAGUUCAUCCUGUUGACUGCUGAACUUUGUCUCUGCACUUACUCUCUGCUGCUUGUUGCACUGUGCCGGGCUUGCUCUCUACUGCUUGCUGCAUUGUGCCGGACUUGCUGCCUAUGCCGGACUCCCUCUCUGCUUGCUGCACUGUGCCAGACUUGCUCUCUGCUUGUUGCACUGUGCCGGACCCCUCUCUGCUUGCUGCACUGCGCCGGACUUGCUGCCUGGGCCGGACUUGCUCUCUACUUGUUGCACUGUGCCGGACCCCUCUCUGCUUGCUGCACUGCGCCGGACUUGCUUUCUGCUUGCUGCACUGUGCCGGACUUAAGGGUUAUUGGGGAUCCCCAUUCCCCGCAGGGAACGGGGACGGGGGGCAAAAUUUGCCUCCCGUCAAAAAUCCCCGCGGGGAUCCCCGUCCCCGCCAUUCACGAGGAUGGGGACGGGGAGGCACUCCCCGGUUCCGCGGGGCCCCGUUGACAUCCCUAUCGCCAUAUGAGAUUUUGAGUGAAUUUAAUUUUCAGCUUCAGCCAUGGCUGGAGAGAGCAGAGCUGGCUCCUGGUUCAGGGCUUAGAGCUUACCUGCCAAAUGCAAAUCACACAGUAGGCCCAUAGACCAUAAUGCAAAAUCGAAACCAGAAGGUAUGGAUGGGCCUUGAAACUAUUUAAUGGGUUUGAAGGAGCUCACCUUAGCUUAUAUGGGCCAAGUUAGUAAAUUGAUUAGUUUGGGCUAAAGAAUAUUGCUCUUCUGCAAAAGCUCGAGUGACCCAAAUAAAUUGGUGACAUUUUC